AAAAUAAAAAGAAAAAAAAUUUUUUUUCGAAAAAAAAAAAUAAAAUAAAACCAUCACUCGGUACCGAAUUAAUAAACUAUUCCAAAAUUGGAACACAAUCGAUUUAGUUAUAAAUUAUGCCACCUUCGGUUAAACAAUAUGAUACUUAUUUGGACAAAACUAAUGUCAAAGAUGAUUUAAACCAUAUUAAAGAUUUUUGCUCACAAUUUCCAAAAGAUAAACAAAAUUAUAUAGAAGAUUUAAACGCAACUCCUGAACAUAGACCUCAAGUGUUAGUAUGGGCUCCAUCACUCACUUAUUUUGUUUACGUUCAUAGAGUUUUGAAAAAUGUUAUUAUUACUUUGUUAUUUGAAUGGUCAAUGCCAAUAUUUCAUCCGUUUAAUUUCUGUUUGUUGAUUACGGUAUUUCCUACUUUGAUUAUUGGAAUCAUUAUAUUGGAAGUUGCUUUACAUAUUGGACUUAAGUUUGGGUUAGGAGAAUUGAUUCAAAGGAUUGCUGAUGAAUGGGCAGAUGGUUUAUCGAUCGUUAAUUGGUGGGACCCAAGAAUAUUUACAUCAGAGGUAGAUGAAAUCGUAAAGGAUGGAAUUAUUGCGUUGGAUGCUCCUUUACCACCACCAUUACCCGAAGAACAAUUAGAUGAUUCAAUAUUUGGGGUUGAAGGAACGAUACAACAUCGCGGGUUUCAUCUUGACAUUGCAGAAUUGUUAUUAUUUAUGUCUUGUAUUAUAUAUGAGCGUAAUGAUGAAAUAGUUAGAAACGCUCAUAAAUUAACGAGUGAAAUUACGAGACAAAAAGGAAAAUCUAUAACACAAGAAGAUAUUAAAACCAUUACAGAUCGAUUGAAAGAAAGUGAAAGUCGUAUACAUGAACAAGCAAGAAAAUGGGGAUUGAAAUUCACUUCAUUAUCAGAAUUAAAUUCAUUAGGAGGUCCUUUUUCAGGAAUGUUUUGGAGUUUAGAACAUAAUUUUAUUGUUGUUGUAUUUAAAGGAACAACGCCGCUUAAUUUUGAAGAUUUCGUUAUUGAUUUAAUGUUUCAACGAACUGAUGCAAGAAGUUUUGUAUUUGGAGAAGUUCAUGAAGGAUUUUAUACUUCGUUAUUUCCACAAAGUGGACAUUCUACAUCAAGAUCAAGUCGCUCUUCUCCUUAUAUAACAAUACUUAGAGCCAUUAGAUCAAAAGCUGCUGAAAUUCAAGAUCUUCGAUCUGAAAAAGUAAAAGUAAAUGUUUGGGUAACCGGUCACUCGCUAGGUGCUGCACUUGCUAGUUUGUUUUAUACUCGUCUCAUUAAAUCACCAGGAGAUCUUGGACCAAAUUGUAUUUUAAGAGAUGGAUAUAUGUUUGGUAGUCCAAGUAUUGGUGAUGCAGAUUUUGCCGCUGAAUUCGCCUCUUAUACUAAUUCACCGUAUGAUAGGCAUAAUACUCUUUGGAGAAUUAUUGAUGAUACCGAUAUUAUUACUAAACUUCCACCUGGUUGGUCCGAUCCAUCCGUUAGACGUGUAAUUAAUAAAAGUAGUAUUUUGAAUUAUGCACAUGUUGGAGAAGGUAUUAGAUUUUUCCAAGAUGGAAGUAGACCUUCUAGUACAAAAAAUUUAUUUUCUUCAGGUAAAGAACCUAUUAUUAUUGAACGGGCCAGUGAUAAUCUUAGUUUCAUAGGAUGGACUAGAUCGAAUGUGAAUGAACUCUUUGGAUGGGCUAAAUUGAAUAUGAAUGAUGAUGGAGAAGAUAAUGUAGAGAAAUCACAUUCAAGUAAAAAUGUUUUUCAAGAAUAUAAGCAUAAGGAAGGAAGUCCUUUAGCCAUUAUAGAAAAAUUGAUGCCUACCUUUUUUAAAAAUCAUUUACCUGCUAGAUAUUUUUCUGUUAUGCAAAGAUCGAGAAAAUAUUUUGAUUAUUCACAUAGUAGUACAACUGUUAAUGAAAAAGAUAACACCUACGCUAGUGGAAGUAAGAACUUUCAAGAAUUUGCCGAAAAACAUAUUGAAAAGUGAAUUUUUAUUAAUUAAUUUGAUGGAUAUACAGUAUGUCGCAUAAAUAUAUUUAUCAAAAACUGUAUUUAUUAAAUUAUAUUAAUUAUACUUUUUUCUGAAAAAGAUUUUGUAUUGUAUUUCGAGAUUUUAUCAAUAAAAAAAAAAUACAUUUAGGCAAAAUAAUAAUCU